AUGGACGAGCUCACCCUUAAGAGAUAUUGCUGCCGUCGUAUGAUCAUGACCCACGUCGACCUUAUCGAAAAGCUUCUUAGAUACAAUCCUGCGGAAAGAGAUGCGAAAAAGGCUGCUUUGAACAGUCAAUCGGAAGAAGGGCAAUAUGCGAUUAGACGAUAUAAUGGUAGACAACUAGAUGAGGAAGCAGAUGGUCUAGGCGUUGAUUGGAGGUUAAAUCCAAAUACUGCAGAUUUCGGCGUGGGCGUUUUCAGGGCUACAUCCAACGGUGCUUGUGAUACAUUGUUGUUUGUUCUGGGGAUCCUAUCAGGCGCCCAUCAGACGCCCAAGGUAACACUUGAUCAUUACUGGGAAAAGUUGUCCCAAGGAACUGGUUCUCUUAUUAUGCAUGUACAACGCAUACAGUUUGGGCCAGUCCGAUCCUCAUGCAAUGCAGAGAAUGGAAAAAGCUGGCGUGUCUAUAAGGCUAGAAGCGGUGGAGCAAUGUUGGCGCAAACUUGCAUCAAACUUCGACGCGUACUACGCGAUUCCGAUAAGUCGUCAGAGUACGAGCAACUUCCCGGGCCGGAAAAGUAUGAGAGCUUGGAAUCUCACAUGGGUUAA